CCGGCCGCGCACGGGACGGGUGGCGGACGACGAAGAAGGAGAAAAAAAAAAAUAAAACGAAAAUAAAAGGAAUAAGACGAGGUGGAAAAAAACGUUUUUUUAAACAGUCAGUCGCGUCGGUCCGCCCGUCCCCGACGACACGCGCCGAGCGUCGCUUACCUAACCGGAGUACUACUCUACCAAGUGUUACCACGCGUCCGUCCGUAUGCACCUGUCCGAGUCGAUCAGGAGCCGCGACGGUUUCGUCAAGGCUGAUGUGCUGGCCGAGCGCACGCUGGACACGUUGCUGGCCGAGCACCCGGGUGAGUUGGUGCGCACCGGGUGCCCUCACGUCGUGUGCACCGUGUUGCCCACGCACUGGCGGUCCAACAAGACGCUGCCGGUUGCGUUCAAGGUGGUCGCACUCGGCGAGGUGCCGGACGGCACGCCGGUCACCAUACGUGCGGGCAACGACGAGAACUUUUGCGCGGAACUGCGGAACUGCACCGCGUUGAUGAAGAACCAGGUGGCCAAGUUCAACGACCUACGGUUCGUGGGCCGCUCCGGGCGAGGUAAAAGUUUCACGCUGACGAUAAUGCUGAACUCGUGCCCACCGCAAGUGGCCACUUAUGCCAAAGCCAUCAAAGUCACGGUGGACGGUCCCAGAGAGCCGAGGUCGAAAACCAGCCUAUUAUUUAACUCGUUUGCAGGAAACCAAGGAUUUCACCCUUUCCAUUUUGGACCCAGACCUUUCCCGUUCGGCACGCCUCUGGAUCCCAAUAGAAUUGCAGAACUACCAUUGAAAUUAUCUGGACUUGCCCACUCGUGGGGCACAUCGUUUUCCAGAGCUUUACCGUCGACCGCAGCAUACCCUCCUUAUCUGGCUAACAAUUGCGGUCCGCCGACGUUCCAGCACUCGAACUUCACCAACAUCUUCCCGUACAACGGGACGACCACUGAAGUGAUUCAACAGACGAUUAACACGAGCACAGAGGCCAACAGCAACGGAGGCAGACCGGCCGCGGCGGAACCUUUGGGCCCUAUAAGUGUAAACGUGAGCGUAGAGAACGCGACGGUCAGGGGCCACCGGACCAGCAGCCGGGGUCACAGGGGCCUGUUGACCACGGUGGCCGGGGCCGGGCACAAACGGCACCAGCACCACCAUCACCAUCAUCAUCAUCACAAACGGCACCGGGACGGCAGAACGGAGAAGACCGCCGAUCGCCUGUCACCGUCGGCAGCAGCGGCGGUGACCAACAACAACAACAACAACAACAACAACGACGACGACGACAACAACAACAACGGUGGAGACGACAAGAAACGUGUAGCGGCCGUGGACGGGGUGACGACCACGACGCCCGCGCAUCCUGUCGCGCAGUUGCCGCCACCGCCUCCGCCACCACCGCCACCACCGCACGUGACGGCGGCCGCGGCCGCAGUAUCGCCGCGGCCGCAACACCCAGCCGCCGUCACGCAGCCCGUACCGCUCGUGGCCCCGUCGCUGUUCAGCCUGUUUCUGAACGCGCCGCUGCUGCAACCGCACACGCAAUGGCUGUACUCGCAGCUGUACCCGAACCCGUACCUGAGCCACAUACGCAACACGAUGAUAUUCGACAACGAGUCGGCCGCCGUGGCCGCGGCCGCGCACAAGGGGGCCGCGGCCGUCGGGGCGGCAGUGGCCGAGGACGGGCACGGGGACGCGUCGGCCGGGCCGGAGAACGAGCCGACGAGAUCGCCCGACCGACCGACGGACGAGGACGACGCGACGUCGCGGUCGCCGCCGCCCGUCUCGGCCAAGACGUGCAGCGCCAAGCAGACGGACGUCUGGAGGCCCUACUGAUACACCCACCGAGGCCGCCGACGACGAUCGGAAAUCGCACUUGUACGUCGUCAGCCGUUUUGUGAUAUAUUACCCACAUAACGUUUACGCGUUGUAAUACGUAUCCCCCCCGAGUAGUCCGCCACGGAAGCAAAAAAUGUUAGGUUUUAGUACCCCCAAAGUCUAACGCGCGAUCCGCAACGAAACGCGUUGGAAUGUCGACCGCGAACAGUGGUCGACAUCCGGUCGCGAGGGAAAAGGAUCGUUGCGCAGUAGCCGAUGUACAGACGAAGGGAAUGAUGUAGAAGUUCCACCCUGUGUGUGACCUCGGCACUUGGAAGUACCCCGUCCCCUCGUCAUCGUUUCGUAAGACGACUCUAAUAUGGUCUCGCCCGAAAUCACGCUUUUCACCCUCCGUCCGUCCAACGUGCGAUUAGCGCACCUUUUUCGAACCCCUUAAACACGAUCACCUGUACUUCCCCCGCGACGUUAUUUCGAAAAACGUACACAACGAAUACACACUCGAAUAUUUAUUGAACAUUUUCGUUUUUUUUCACUCUUUGACUCUUCGAAUUUUUCCGAACACUGCGCUCCAAGUCUAUGCAUCGCAGUUCCGUCUACGUGCCGUGCAGACAUCCGUUAUGACCGAACCACUAUUUGCACGGUACCGCAUUCGAAUGCUAACGGUCCGGUGUUCAUUAUAAAAUAUUAUCAUCGAGUCUAUCGUUACAUUGUCAAACGAAACAGUCGUAAUGUACGCGUACAGUUUACGGAUACACGGGUCCUCCACGUUUACUCUCUAACGUCUCAAAUAUCCUAUUAAUGUGUACAUUUACGCGUUAGUGAAAUUCGCUGUCCACGUCUACGUCGCGUUUAGACACCGUUUACGAUUACCAAUUUUAAUACCACCGUCGUACGAGUCCGAGAAUAACAUCGUAUUAGCCCCCACCCCUCCCACGGACCCAUCUAUCAAACGGUAGUGUAUGUUUUUAUAUAUUAUAGUGUCGUUUAAAUUAUAAUUGUACGGUUUUCGUCUUCACACUGUAUGAGUACGUUUUUUUUUGUUUCAAG